GUGAAAAGGGUCAGAUGGGAGCGGACACUUCAGGAGGGAAGACAGGAGAACAAGACACAAAAAGAGGGAAAGGCUGACAGUCUCAACAUUCAAAUCAGGAUGUUUGUUCUCAUAUGGAUGACUCUGCUUUUCUCUGUGAGUGGCAGCAAUGCAGACACAGGUGUAUCAAUGAAAAGUGAAACUUCCUGUAAAGAAGACAACUUCUGUAUCACUCUCAGUGAUGGAGAAAUAACAGCAGAGGCUGGUCUCUGUGUUGUGAUUCCAUGUUCUUUUACUACAAGUUCUAGCUUUGCUCCCCAGAAUAUUGUAUGGUUCAAAUGUGAACCAUCAAAACAAAGAUGUGGUGAUUUAGAUGUGAUAUUCAGCAGAAACUCUUAUAAGAUUCAGCACGAGUUCAGAGGUAGAGUGUCACAGUUGGAGCCCGACAUUUUUCAUAGGAACUGCAGCAUCAUCAUCAACGACCUGACUGCAUCUGACUCUGGAUCUUAUCAGCUUCGAGUUAAUGGUCUUAAUUGGCGAGGAUACUCUGACAGAUUUCAGUAUAACACCAGAUCAACUGUCUAUGUUAAAGAUCUGACCCAGAAGCCUGCAGUGAUGGUUCCUCCUCUGAUAGAGGGGCAGCAGGCCUCACUGACCUGUACUGCUCCUGGUCUCUGCUCUGGAUCUCCACCUGAGAUCACCUGGAUGUGGAGUGGAGGAGAAAGAGAGAUUGAUUCCUACAUUACAGGAAACAUUACUGAUUUCAAGACUGAGCGCCUUACUGCUUUCACACAAAGACACAGCUCAACUUUGACUUUUACACCCUCUGCACAGCAUCAUGGCGCCAAUAUCACCUGUAAGGUCAGCUUUACAGAAGGGGCGUCUACAGAGGAGACGGUGACAAUAAAUGUGACCUAUGUGAAGGAAGCUGAAAUCACUGGAAAUACAAGUGUAAGGGAGGGUGAGCCGCUACAUCUAACCUGCAAGGUGGAAAGUAUUCCUCCAUCUUUUGUCACAUGGGCUACAUUUUCCAACAAUACUAUGCUAAAUGGAUCAGAGGCAGAUGUCCAAGUUGACACUCCAGCUCACCUGGCAAAGAGAACUGACACAUAUCUGCAGGAAGGAGUUCGAGAGGCGGCUUUGUCCAUAUUAAAUAUGACAGCAAAUGAUUCAGGAUGGUACAUCUGCACAGCAAAACACCUGAACAACACCCUGAUUAAAAAGGUCAACGUAGAAGUGAUAUAUAUGAGAGCACCUGUAAUCACUGGAAAUACUACUCUGACUAAAGGAGACACACUGAAUCUGACCUGCAGUGUUGAAAGUUUUCCUCCGUCUCAUAUCACAUGGUCUAUUCUUGGUUCCGACACUGACCAGCAGAACGACACUGAAUCAGCCGAACUUGUCAUCCCUAAUGUACAGACAGAAAACUCUGGAAAGUACAUCUGUACGGCAAAACACCAGAACACAACUGUCACUGUGUUCACUGAUGUUACUGUGACUUUGUUUCGCAGCAUCUUUGAAAACUCUGGAUGUGAGAUUCGGUCCGGGGUUUUGACUUGUGUGUGCAUCAGUGAGGGUUUCCCUUUACCCACCAUGAAAUGGCCACUUUUAAGCAACUAUACUGAGUACUCUGUUAUGACAACAGUGAAAAACCACACUGUCAACAGCACCAUAACACUUACUGUAAAAGAUCUCAUCACUUCUGCUGAGUGUAUCAGCAGCAACGGAAACAGAGAAGCUAAAGGAAAUCUCAUUAUCCAAAAUAACACUUCAAAAGCAGAAGAAAAAUCCAGAGUAUUGAAAAUGUUUUCACAGCUUGAGGUCAUCCUUGCCUUUUUGAUUGGUGUACUUCUUUCAGCUGUCCUUUGCUUGUUGGCAACAAAGUGCCACAGAAGACAGAGGAGAAAUUUGGAUCACACUUUGGAGAUGGUGACCAAUCAGGAGGGUCCACUGAUCGAUGCAAACCAAGAGGUGGAAGAUGAUCAGACAUAUGAACAAGAGGUGACAGAAGCAGGAGGAGCAGUGGCAGAGGAGGAAGCAGCCCUUCAUCUGGAUGGUGGACCAAAUGAAGUGGAGUAUGCCAGUAUUGAUUUCUCUGUGUUGAAAAGGAAGGCACCAAAGAAGAAAGAGACCACAACUACAGAGUACGCUGAAAUAAAGAGAGGCAUAAAUCCACAAGGAAACGACAAUGGUGGAGAAGAGGAUGGAGUGUUGGAGGCCAAAGAAGAGGAGAUGGUAGAGGAGGUUGAGGAUUAUGGUCCAGAAGAGGAGGAAGGGGAGGAAAUGGCAGUGUACUCUAACAUGAAGGAUCUAAUUAAUGACAUUUGAAGACAGUGCUGGAUUAUGAGUUUGAGAUAAGGUUUCUGGAUCUGAUCAUCUUGCUAUGAUGGUCUGAUGAUGGAUUGUUUUUUCCAGUGAGUGAAUAACAACCCAGGAAAGCAUUUGUACCAAACUACUGUGACCUUCUAAUGCCAAAUAUAGACUAGGAAGACCUGAAGUACCUGAGAAACUUCUCCACAUUGCCAUAGCUGUUGAAAUCAGUUCGCUGAAGUAACAAUGUUCCUUUAAUGUGACUUUGGAUAAACUGUGUGGAUAAGUUGAGACAUCCAUGAAAGAGCUGAUGUUGAGAAGGGUCCAAAGGAUGUCAGAAGAGUACCACCACUGUCCUUUCUACUAUAACUUAACUGUAUUUUUGUUGAAGAUGCUCUUUUUUAAUUUUUUUUUUUUUUAAUUUUAUGUUUAACUAGAAUGAGCAUUUGUUGCUGGAUUUCUGCCUAAUGAAGACUUUAAUUAUCAGCUGUAAUUGCCUUUGUAUGGAAAAACGGGAACCCCAAAGUGGGUCAUGGGGGCAUGAUGUCAUGAUGGGGGGGUUUGACAAUCUAAAGCAAAGCAACACCAGCUGAUGGCCAAGCCCUGAAGGGUGGGAGCAGUUCAGUGAUGUUUACUAGGAUGCAAUGAUGUGGUUGCAGCUCUAGGCCAAGACAUUGCCUACACUUUGGAAGCGGAUCUGGCUGUAGACCUCUACAACUGGGGGACCUUGACUGUGGGGUUGGAUGUGACAUAUAUUACCCAAGCUGGAACUAGAGUGAUGUACUGAAUGACGUAUGUUUUCUGCUCUCUGUCAGAGGUUAUGGUAAAAGGAUGUUUUUCACAACAGUAGAAUUUUAUAGAUUAAAAUUGAAAAUUUACUGAGGGGGAUAAAUUUAGAUUUAACACAGCACAAACUAAAGGAAACCCAAAGAGGGUUAGGGUUAGGCACCUGAACCAUAAAGGUUAGGGUUAGGGUACGGGGGAGGGAGAUAUGAUGAAAUAUAACACACCACAAACUAAAAUAAAACAAGGGGUUAGUACAGCACUUCCUGCCUCAAGGUCGAGGUUGCCCCAUUGUAGAGGUCUGCAACAAAUGAGCCCGAAACACCCACCGUAGAGGUCUUCAGCAGGGUGCCUCUCCCUUUUUAAAUAGGAUUGGAAAAGGAGUUGCCCCUGCUAGAAAUUAGAGCCUCGGCCAAACUCGGCACUUUUGCAGCAUCCUCCCAGUGUGAGAUAGUUUUUUUCUGCUUUAACCUACAAAUAAUAUAUAAAUGUAAAAUAUGUAAUAUACGUAAUAUGUAAUAUAAAAAUACAGAUCAAAGCUGGACAUUGAAAAUGAACUGAGAGUGGCGGUCUCACAACUGCACCCAGGCCCCCAGAAGAUCUGUGGCACAAAACGAGACGACAGUCAUCACUGAAAUUAUUGCAGGACUUUAAUAAAUCAUGACAAAUGUUCACUAACCUUUCAUUUUCAGGGAAUUAUUCAUCUACUGAAAAUUAUAUUUUUGUCUUGGGCAAUGGUUGUUGGUAUUUCGACAAAUUUUGAGGUUCUAUGUUGUAGUAAAUUAAAAAAUUUGAAAUUAUUGCCAAAUAUACUGACUGAUGGUGUGUUUGCUGCACAUUCACAUAUUUUUACAUGUUUAUUUGUACAGUUGGGGGUGGGCUGAAAAUAUUUUCAUCUGCCAAAGGGGGGGCCUGGCAGAAAAAGUUUAGGAACCACUGUUCUAACUUUAGAAGAUUACUGAGAGAUUAUGCAGACUUUGUUCAUCUUCUUUUUUUUCCAUAAAUGAGUUCAGGUGUGUUCUGAGUGAAAUCCCUAAAGAUUGCAAUAAAAUUUAGUACCUUUAUGUCUGCCCUAAAACUUUGAUAGGUGUUUACCAACUUUGCUGAAGUUGGCAUGCCUAAAUGUUUUACCAAAGAGGUGAAGAUGGUAAAUGUAAUACCUGCUAAAAAUCGGCAUGUUAGCAUUACGACUGUGUGGAGGUUACCAUGCUGAGGUUAGCAGUUAGCUUACUGCACUGCUGUACUCAUUAUAACAAUGGUACUGAUUGUUUCUGGGGAUGUCUGUGGCUAGAAAAGUGUGAGCAUGUGUUCAGAUCUUUGUUUUCAUGUCUUUCUCGAUACCAUAAUACAGCGUUCUCAGAUGUAAGUCAGUAAGUAUUUGAAAUUUGUUCAACCAUACGUUAUCACUACAACUGUGCAACAACUAAAGAUACUGUAUCAUGCAUUACAGCGGC